AUGGAACGAGGAGGUUUUCAUGGCUAUCGCAAGAUCCCCAAUGCAAGCUCUGGAACAGCGGCCAAAGUAUCAGAAAUCAACGGAAGCAGGUUAAACGAGAUCAAUCCCCAACCGAGCGACGAGAAUGAAUGCACGGUUCGGGAACAAGAUCGGUUCAUGCCCAUCGCUAACGUCAUCCGAAUCAUGCGUAAGAUCCUCCCACCGCACGCCAAAAUCUCCGACGACGCGAAGGAGACGAUCCAGGAGUGCGUCUCGGAGUACAUCAGCUUCAUCACUGGAGAAGCCAACGAGCGGUGCCAGCGAGAGCAGCGGAAGACCAUCACCGCCGAGGACGUGCUCUGGGCCAUGAGUAAGCUCGGCUUCGACGACUACAUCGAGCCCCUCACACUCUACCUCCACCGCUACCGCGAGACCGAAGGCGACCGUGCCACCGUCAGGGGUGGUGCUGGGAGUGCCUCCGAUUUAGUUGCUGCUCCCUUCAUGAAGAGGCUCGGUAGCUUAGACUACUCCGCCUUAGCCACGGGUUUUGUACCCAAUGCGGCGUCGUUUCAUGUAGCCGGGCAUCAUCAUAACGGGUUCUUUGGCUAUUUCAAGGAUGCCACCGCCGCUACUGCUUCCGGUGCUGGAGGAGGCUCGUCCCAGGCCGCAGUGGCCAAUGGAGAACAAGUACAUGGGCAGUAUAAGUGAAAAUAUAUGUGGAUCACUGUGAAAUUUGAUUGGAUUUGAUCAUCAAGUGCUAGUGUACCGUGGUGGUUUAAUUUUUGUUUUUGUUUUGACGGCUUUAUACAUAGCUGUUUUCGAUAUGGAUUAUCCAAAUCAAGACUUCCAAAGUUUAAUGUUAGACUCUUCCGUUGCCAUUUCUCGAAGCCAUCUAUAUUCUUUCUGUUUAUAUUAUUUUG